CCUUUUUCCAAUAACCGAUUCUUUCCAAAUGGGCCUGCCAACACCAAACACGUCGCACCUCAGCAACGCCGCGUACUCGAGCGUCUACGAGCCUGCCGAAGACACAUAUCUGCUCCUUGAUGCACUGGAGCAAGACCGCACCGAGCUCCAAGCACUGCGCCCCCUGAUCUGCGUCGAAAUCGGCUCUGGCUCCGGCUGCGUGUCGGCGUUUCUGGGCCAGGUACUGGACCCGCAGACAUCGCUGAUUCUGUCCACCGAUAUCAACCCAGCGGCCACCCAGGCGACGCGCGAAACAGCCCAGCGCAACCUGUCGCAGUCUGCGCUGGAGCAGUGCCAGACACGGUUUGUCGGCGGAAUGCAGGACAGCUUGGCGGGCAAAAUCGACAUUCUUCUGUUCAAUCCGCCGUACGUGGUGACGCCCAGCGAGGAAAUCGACUGCACAGACGAUGCGUCGGCGUGGGCCGGCGGCAUAUGCGGGCGCGAGGUGCUGGACCGGCUACUGCCGGAGAUCGGGCGGCUGAUGGCGCCCAAGGGCCGGUUCUACCUGGUGGUGAUCGAGCAAAACAAGCCCGAGGAGAUCAUUGACAUUCUGGCCAAGGACGGGCUGCAGGGCGAGUGCGUGUUGUCGCGGCGCGCAGGCCGAGAGCAUCUGUCGAUAUUGAGGUUUAUCAAGCUAUAAGAAAAAAUAUACGUGAUUACA